GCCUGGUGCCCAUCACUAUUACACCAUAUAUACACGACAAUGAAUAGAGUUCCUGAGAAUAUCCAGUCACUCCGAUCCCCAGCACACGGAAUCCAUGGAGCCGGCAGCCUAUGUCGCGGCCAUCCUCUCGUUCCUCUUCCUCUUCUCGCUCCACCGCCUCCUCGGCAGCGACCGCCACCGCAAGAUCAAUGGCAAGAACAAGGAGAUGCAGCGGCUGCCACCGAGCCCUCCCGCCAUCCCGGUCCUCGGCCACCUCCACCUCCUCGGGAAGCCGAUCCACGCCGCGCUCGCGCGCCUCGCCGAGCGCUACGGUCCCGUGUUCUCCCUCCGGCUCGGGUCGCGGGAGACCGUGGUGGUGUCCUCCGCCGCCCACGCCAGGGAGUGCUUCACCGAGCACGACGUCUGCUUCGCGAACCGCCCGCGCUUCCCCUCGCUGCUGCUCAUCUCCUUCGGCGGCGCCACCCUCCCGAUGUGCGGCUACGGCUCCUACUGGCGAAACCUCCGCCGCGUCGCCACGGUGCAGCUCCUGUCUGCGCACCGCGUGAGCUGCAUGCUCCCCGUCAUCUCCGUCGAGGUGCGCGCCAUGGCGCGGAGAAUGUUCCGGUCCGCCGCGGCCGCCCCCGGCGGCGCCGCGAGGGUCGAGCUGAAGCGGCGGCUGUUCGAGGUCUCCCUCAGCGCCCUGAUGGAGGUCAUCGCGCGGACCAAGACGUCCCGCACCGAGGCGGACGCCGACACGGACAUAUCGCCGGAGGCGCAGGAGUUCAUGAAGGCGCUGGACGUGUUCAUCCCGCUCCUCAGCGCGUCCAACAAGUGGGACUACCUGCCGGUGCUGCGGUGGUUCGACGUGUUCGGCGUGAGGAGCAAGAUCCUGGCCGCGGUGACCGCGAGGGACGCGUUCCUGCGGCGGCUCAUCGACGCGGAGCGACGGAGGCUGGACGACGACGAGAGCGAGAAGAAUAAGAGCAUGAUUGGCGUGCUGCUCUCUUUGCAGAAGUCAGAGCCGGAGGUCUACACGGAUACCACCAUCAUGGCUCUGUGCUCUAGCAUGUUCAGCGGGGGAGCCGAGACAACGUCGACGACGGCGGAAUGGGCCAUGUCGCUGCUCCUAAACCACCCCGAGGCGCUGAAGAAAGCGCAGGCCGAGAUCGACGCCUGCGUCGGGCCCUCCCGCCUGCUCAACGCCGACGACGUGCCGCGCCUGGGCUACCUCCAGUGCAUCAUCAGCGAGACGCUCCGGCUGUACCCGGUCGUGCCGACGCUGAUCCCGCACGAGUCCACCGCGGACUGCGCCGUCGGCGGCCAUCACGUUCCCGCCGGCACCAUGCUGCUCGUCAACGUGUACGCCAUCCACAGGGACCCGGGGAUGUGGGCGGACCCGGCGGCGUUCAGGCCGGAGAGGUUCGAGGCGGGCGGCGGCGCCGCCGACGGGCUGUUCAUGAUGCCGUUCGGGAUGGGGCGGCGCAAGUGCCCCGGGGAGGCCCUCGCGCUGCGGACGCUGGGGCUGGUGCUCGGGACGCUGAUCCAGUGCUUCGACUGGGGCGCGGUCGGCGGCGCCGCCGGGGUUGACAUGGCCGAAGGGGUCGGGAUCACGCUCCCGAGGGACGUCCCUCUGGAGGCAAUGUGCAAGCCGCGCCAGGGCAUGCUUCGUGUCCUCCAGGAGCUGUGAACUGUCGUCUGCGAGUGGCAGCAAGCUUGAUUCGAAGACGAAUCUAUUGAUACCGUAUUACCGUGUGCUUUAUACUUGUACUACCAGUAUUUUACAUCUAAUGCAAGUAUUCUACCAGCAA